GCUGUAUGUGUGAAGAUUUGACUGAAAGUUAACGAUUUGAAAUUGUUAUUGUUCCUUCUGUGAAGGUUUUAUGGACUGAUUGUAUCGUAUGUUUGAUGGAAAAUCAAGAAUUGUGAAUUGUCUUCGAGUUCAGGUUAGAAUAUUCAUUCGAAUCACCGAUAGGGAAAUAGAACAAUUUAAGCCUACCAGCUGUGAUAAGUUGUCAAAAUGAUGUCGCUUUCGAAUUGAAGAAAAUUCCCCAUUCAGAGUUGUUGGGAGAAGAAUGUUUUGAAUAUCAAAGUUUUUCUUCUGAAAGAGUUUUAGCGAGAAACUUGAAAAUGGCAGAUGUACGGGAAGAAGAAAAUGAAGAAAAAGAAUUUUGCUUCGUGGAGAAAGAGAACGAUUUUGAUUUCAUAUUUAUUGAGAAAGAAGACGUAAAACAGUCUUCCAGCUCUUCGGACAGUAGUGAUUAUUACACACAGGAGCUUUCUGCUGUCCAAAAGUGCCAAGGAUCUCGAUGACUUUUCUUUCUAUUGCGAAGAAGAAUUGACUGCUGCUUUUGAGGACAUGCGCUUAAGGGAAGACUUUUUUGCGCGGACGUUUAAUCAAAUUGUGUUCAACGGUCAAAUGUCUGGAGCUUCAUCUAGUGAAAUGGAAUCACAAAAAGAAAGUGAAAUGCUCAAGUUGUUCGGAGAGUUUUAAUGGAUGUCUGAGUGACAUGCGUGAUCUUAUAUCAAAAUUGAAACACGAUUUAGCUAUGACUGUGAAACCUGAUGCCUCUCAUCGAAAGAAAACACAAACAAAAGUUCCGACUGAAUCAUCAUCAUCUGAUGUAGCAGUUCAAACAGACUUGGAAUCAGCUGAGGAUGCCAGUGAGAAACUAAGAAAAGAAAACAUUGAAUAUGUCAAUGAGCUAAACCGAGUAUGGAAAAGAUAUGAAAACCGAGGAGGUAAAAUAAAAUCGAAGAAUGAGAGAAACUCUGAAGAGGAAUCCUCUAAUUAUUCUUCCGGUAGCGAUAACUCUUCAUGUGAGAAUUCUUCCGAUGAAGAUGAUUCGGACGAUGAGGAAUCAUCCUGCGAAGAGUCGUCAAAUGAAGAAUCCAGUGAUGAUACAGAUAACGACACAGUUUCCUCGAAUUCCACAGAUUCCGAUCAAAGUGAACCAGAGAAAGAACAUAAACACUCAAAAAAUAUCCCUGGUGAUACAAAGCUCAAAAACACAAAAGAUAGUAUCUCUACUAGAGAUAAAAGAUUGCCAAAAUCGGAAAAAAAGAAAGAAAACAGCAUUGCUUCGAAAAAGAGUUCUAAUAGAAAAAGAGGUUAUGACACAGUGAGAGACCCCUCACAACGUUAUAGAAGGCCAUAUUAUCCCAGGAGAUCCGAUCCAGAGUCUGUUAGACAGUUCAAAGGAAAUUUUAAAGGUUUUAUGAAUGGGCUUGAAGUAAAAUAUUUACGAGGAAAAGAAAGUGAAGAAACGGUAAGAAUAAUUCAGGAUAUGAUCAUGAAUUUUGUCGAUAGACAGCGAAAUCUGGAUAUGGGCUGCUUUACGGACCCAGAAGAGUACGAUACGGAUCCAGAUGCGGCACCAACGGAUUCGGAAGAUGAAUCAAAUGAAGACAGUUCUGAUGACGACAAUGAGAAAUCCCCAAAUGAAGGUAGCAAUGAUGAAGUGAAUGAGCUCCAAGAAGCCCGUUUGCAGCUUGACGAGAAUAACAAGUACUUGGAGAAGGAAAUUCAGCUCAUGCAGAAUCAAGAUCUGCGGUUGUCUACACGCUUAGACUAUGAACAGCACUAUAAGUUCUACGAAGAUCUAAGAAAUGAAUUGAUAGCAAAGAAGUUUGAUGUCAAGUAUUCCCGCGAAACAACUGAAGCGCAUGACGAUCGCAUUUGGAAAAGCAGCUACCAAUACGAAGAUGUAGCCGAAUGGUUGUUCCUUGCUAAUAAUCUACUAAAUCCAGCCACUCCGCACUGUCUGGAUGCUAAGUUGAAAGAAUCGGAGGCUAAAGUUUUGAAAUCCGAAAUUUGGCUCGGCCGACUGAAGGAAAAAUUGGCCAUGGCUGAGUAUCGGCUGAAAGUUCUGGAGGAGCUGUGCAAAACUAGGAACCACGAAGUAGUUCUUAGAAUUCUCCAAAUUGAUCGUCAAAUACGCAGAGUGGGACGAUCUAUGUGGCACGUGUACGACGCCAUAGUAAGUCCCAAAGAGAAGGAUACCAAGAACUUGAGCAAAUUCGAGGUGAAAAGAAUGGUUAAGAUAGAAAAGAAAAGAAACCGUUACGUAAGCAAGCUUCUAAUAUGGCUGGAAAAAGAAAAGGAUAGAUUGCUGGAUAUGAGAAGGAACUUUAGGAGCAAACUCCGGGAAUCGGACAGUAUUGCUGUCUUCAUAGAACAAGAAAAAAGUCAGCUGAAAGCACAGAAGAAGGACUUGGCCAGAAGAGCUGCCAAUUUUACUGAAUCUCGGAAGGAUAUGGAGGACAUUAGAGCGGAUUUUGAAGGCUACGUGACAGAAUACGAAGAUUUAGACACAGAGACAUCCGACAUUCAAACAUUGAUCGAUGAUCUCAAGUCCCAGCCAGUUUUACUUCAUAUCAUCAGUUAUCCUGAACUUAUUGAUCGGCUCAUGUGUAAGCUGAUACCGCUACCAUUGUUGGCAAAUAUGGCAACAGAAGACUUAGAACUUCAUUGA